UGCUACUGUCAAACAAAAAUUUAUGGAAAAAUAAAAGUACAAUAGUAAGAAUAAAUAAAUAAUUAAUAAGAAAAAAGCAUGAGAACUCGUGCAUAUAAUUAUUUUUUAAAAAUAAAAAAUCCUUCCCAAUUCGAGUCUUAAGCCCUAACCUGUGGGUAAAAGCCCUAGACAGACUCUUUUGCUCUGGUUCUCUUCGGGCGCCUCCGUCAUCGCUCUCGGCUUCCGCUGUACAUUUGCAGGUGUUGCUGAUAUGGCGACGGUUCCGGGGGCAUUGAUAUGGGAGAUCGUGAAGAAAAACAACUCCUUUCUCGUGAAGGAGUUCGGUAACGGCACCUCAAGAGUGCAGUUCAGCAAGGAGAGCAACAAUCUCUACAACCUUAACUCCUACAAGUAUUCUGGGUUGGCAAAUAAGAAAACAGUUACUAUUCAACCUGGCAAGGACAGUUCUGUGUUGCUUGCAACCACCAAGACCAAGAAGCAGAACAAGCCUGCACUUUUGCUUCACAAGUCUGCCAUGAAGAAGGAGUUCCGGCGCAUGGCAAAAGCAGUUGUAAACCAGGUGGCAAAUAAUCACUAUAGGGUGGAUCUGAAGAAUGCAGCCCUUGCAAGGCUGAGUGCUGUGCAUAGGAGCCUUAAGGUUGCCAAAUCUGGCGUCAAGAAGAGGAACAGGCAGGCAGUUAAGAUCCAUGGUAGGAAGUGAAUGUGGGACUGAUGUAUGCUGCUGCUUUUCAUAUCAUUUUUUUUGUUCGGUGCAGUUAAAUCUUUUUUCUUUUUGUCAUUUUUUUCCUUCUAGAUGUGUUGUCUUAAGACCUUUUAAAGUUGUCUUUUUUUUCACUCGUUUUUUCCCCCUUCUAGAUGUGGUGUGUUAAAAACCUUUUAAACUUGAGUGUUUAAAAUGGUCGAGCAUUUCACUUGGUUCAUUUGUUACGAGUUAUUAUGUGUAAUUUUGUUAUUGAAGUAUGAUUAUGAAUCUAUGAUAUGAUGGUUUACCAAUUUAA